AGAGUCAGUUGCGUGUUGAACACCAAACUAGAAACACAUUGGACAACAUGGCAGUAGCAAAUAAAAAAAGAAACACGUGGUCGCCGCUUCUACGGGCAAUCGAAUGUCCAGCCUGUUUAGAGUUGUUGACUGGUAAUAUUCAAAUCUGUCGCAAUGGACAUAGUCUGUGCAGUAAAUGUCGAAAUGCUGUGCAAUUUUGUCCCUUGUGCCGAGGCCUCUUCACCAAAAUGCGCAACUAUACUCUGGAAGCACUAGUGGCGCUGUUUGAGUAUCCAUGCAAGUAUGCGGAGGAAGGAUGCGAGACCUACUUAAAGAAGGCAGAAAUAGCUGAUCACCAACGGAAUUGUGUUUAUAGGACGUAUCGCUGUAUGAUCUUGAAAAACGAUGGUGGAAAAUGCAACUGGAUAGGUUUAACGAAAGACAUGCACGAGCACGCGUUAAGUGUGCAUCCUGAACGCGCAUGGAUGCAAGAAGACAAUUUAGACAGAUGGAAACCAGGUACCGAUGCUGAUGAUGAGGUGAAUCUGGUCGCUGCAUUUGAUAAUCUAUUUUAUCUCACACGACUGGUUCACAAUGAAGUUAUGUACUGGUGUCUUAAUUUAAUUGGACCUGAAGAUGACGCAAAAUUUUAUUCAUUGCAAAUGGAAUUUUUGACCAGACCAAACUCGCCGAGAUCCAUUGCUUGGUCUGAUAUAUGCCAGACAAUAGAUACUUCACCCAUGAGUUUGAUUUCAAAAGGACUGUCUUUUGGAUUACCGAAAACGGUUAUACGAACAUUCAAGUACGAAGCAAACGGUGUUUGGUUUAAGGUGCAAAUUGUGAAGUCGAAUCAACUUCAGGAAACACUCGUUAGUACCUCAAUUAAUCACAGUGAAGACUAAAUUAGUGACUAUUUACUUGAUUUUAAAAAUAAUCUUAAGUUAUUAUUAAUACGUGAUAUAAUCACUUUUUAUAACCAUGAAUCAAUUCAAUAUGUAAGUUUAUUUUAAAUUAAACGAAAUAUUUAUGACUUUUUGCAAACUAAAA